AUGUAUCCCCACUUCCUCGGAUUUACGCCCGGACAGCCAGAAAUUGCUUACGCACCCAAAAGACAGCCAAAUCCAGACAACACAUCUGCUUAUGAGGUGGAAGUGUUCAACACUGUAUACACGGCUACUUCAUCAGAUAUUGGUGCCACUUCAAAUGGUUCUUUUGGUCUCACUCGCAAAUCCGUUCCUCACCACGACGGCAAAUAUCUCAUCCACAACGUUUCCCGCAACCGCGUCUUUACGUGCCACGAUGGCCAUUUACGCCUCGAACCGACAAAUGUCAAGGAGAGAAACGGCUUUAGAGGUUUUAAAAAUAUUGCUGAGGGGGCCUUUUUGGGGCAUGAUUUUUGGUGGGAUUUCUGCGCCAAGGUCUACUUUGAGAAGCUGCCAAUGAGCUAUGUUCAGGCGCGAAAGUCGAUACAGUGCUUUGACAUUCGAGCCGACUUGCCUCCAGGAGGCCGCCCAGGGCGGGACCAAUCGGUUAAACAACGGCAGAUGCGGAUACCUCCGGAGGUGUCCUUACGGAUAACCACAGUCCCCUCUCGGCGCGUUGCCGCUCCUCCUUCGCGCGCUGCUUAG